AUGAAAAGCAGUCAAUCAGAUUCACAUGGGAUUCUUCGUUCACACAUUUUUAUUAUGAUAAGAAAACUCCGCUUUCAAAUAUGUUUCAUUCUGUUGGCAUGUUUUUGUUUAUUGGUAUUGCUGCGCCAUGAAAAGCACCUGUUAGUUUCAUGCGUAUGUCAUUGGAAUUUAUUUCACCUCUCCUCCUUAUGCUCAACACUAAAGAUCAAUGAACAGAGAACAAGAGACUCAGUAUUCGGCAUACAUGCUCAAGGAAAUCAAGAAAAA